UUUUAUUUUAAAGAAAUAUAGAACCAUGGCAUAAAAAUUAAAACUUUAACCGAGUAAGGCAAACAAGGCUUUAACAUGCCAUGGAUUGCCUACUCGUAUUUUCAAACUCAUUGCUCAGCGCGAAGGAGUCCACUUUUGUACUCGGUUUAUCGGGCACAGUAUCUACAUUCUCCUCCAACGGUCAUAUCCAUGGAGGACGCGAUUCCUACAACCACCGCCAAGAACAAGAAGGCGACAAUGUCGGAGACCACCACCGCCAAGAAGAGACCACGACGAGUGAAUGGCCCAAAACCUAAAUAUGCUGAAGAAGAAGAAGUUAAAAAAGGUGGAGACAUUGAAGAUUUCGAUUUUUGCAAAGACGAAACCCUAGAAAUUAGGGCUUCUUUAUUAGAGUGGUACGACCACAACCAGAGGGACCUCCCUUGGCGGAUAAUCAACAAAGGCGAUAAAAACGACGGCAAUGAUGACGAUGAUGAUGAUAGUAAAGAUAGAAGUGAAAGAAGAGCUUAUGCAGUGUGGGUGUCUGAAGUAAUGCUUCAGCAGACCAGGGUUCAGACGGUGAUCGAUUAUUUCAACCGUUGGAUGCUGAAAUGGCCCACCAUUCAUCAUCUCGCUCGCGCUUCUCUUGAGGAGGUUAAUGAGAUGUGGGCAGGUUUGGGAUAUUAUAGGCGGGCACGGUUUCUGCUAGAGGGAGCAAAGAAGAUUGUUGAAAAAGGAGGUGGCUUUCCUAAAACAGCUUCUGCCCUUCGCAAGAUCCCAGGAAUAGGAGACUAUACAGCUGGUGCAAUUGCCUCUAUAGCAUUCCAAGAGGCAGUGCCGGUAGUUGACGGAAAUGUAAUCAGGGUUAUUGCCAGAUUAAAGACUAUUUCUGCAAACCCGAAAGAUUCGGUGACAAUUAAGAAUGUUUGGAAACUAGCAGGUCAGUUAGUUGAUCCUUGUAGGCCUGGAGAUUUCAACCAGGCUCUCAUGGAACUUGGUGCAACAAUAUGCACUCCAUUGAGCCCAACCUGCUCUGCAUGCCCUGUCUCAGGUCAAUGUCGUGCGCUUUCAAUUUCUGGACAACUUGGUUCAGUGCUAGUUACGGACUAUCCUGCAAGGGUUGUAAAGGCCAAACAAAGACACGACUUUUCUGCUGUCUGUGUUGUUGAGAUAUUAGAAGGACAUGAUAUAAUGGUGGGACCUCAAUCUGAAGGUAGAUUUCUUCUUGUGAAGAGGCCAGAUGAAGGUUUACUUGCCGGCCUCUGGGAAUUUCCAUCUGUCCUGUUGAGUGGAGAAGCUGACUUGUCGACAAGGAGAAAAGCUAUUGAUCAGUUUUUGAAGAAGUCAUUCAAUUUAGAUUUAAAAGACUCUUGUAGAGUUCUUUUGAGGAAAGAUGUUGGAGAAUGUGUGCAUGUCUUCACUCACAUUCGUCUCAAGAUGUAUGUGGAGUUGUUGGUUUUACACUUAAAAGGUGGGACGGAUGACUUGCUUGGAAAACCAGACAGUGAAACCAUGACUUGGAAAUCUGUUGAUAGCAGGGCCCUUUCAAGCUUGGGAUUAACAACUGGAGUAAGAAAGGUUUGCACCAUGGUUCAGAAAUUUAAGCAAAACAGUUUUAAUCCCAUCCCAGCAAAAGCACAAAAGAAAACAUCAACAAAAGUAAAACGUGGCAAAACUGGACCAUAGUGCAGUGCAUUAGAGUAGGUCCUUGACCAUGCAAUUUUUUUUGUGUUUACCAAAAUGCUUCUUGUUCCAGAAGAAUUUUAUCUUUUGGUUGGUCAAACAAAGAUUCCAGAAGGGCUCAUUGUCGCUAGAAGACGGAUUUAUUUUGCAGUAUGUAUCUUGAAAUACAAAGGAGUAUUGUGUACAUGACUACCAUUACAUAUCUCAUCAGGUAAGUUUUAUAACAACUUAUCUAAAGUUUGACAUCGUUUAUGGUUAGCGACAAAUAUUUUUUGUUGCUACUUUAGCAAAAUACAUUGGUGACAAUCAAGUUUCGUCGCUAACACCACCCUUUUCGUCAUUACAUAGGUUGAUCAGAAUCGACGAAAUG